AUGGCUGGACGAUUCCUCCUCGCCGGCGCUGUUCUCAGCGCCGCUGUCCUCGCUGCGCCCACUCUCGAGGAGAGGCAGAACUGCGCCUCUCUCUGGGGCCAAUGCGGUGGUCAGGGCUGGUCUGGUCCUACGUGCUGCGCUUCUGACAGCACUUGCCAGGAGCAGAACCCGUGGUACAGCCAGUGCCUGCCCGGAUCGACGCCUCCUCCUCCGCCGCCUCCUCCCCCUCCCCCUCCUCCCGGCAGCACGACCACCACUGGCGGUGAUUCCACCGUCACCCCGCCUCCGAGCGCCACUUACACUGGCAACCCCUUCCAGGGUGUUAACCAGUGGGCCAACAACUUCUACCGUUCCGAGAUUGUGAACCUUGCCGUUCCGUCUCUGACCGGUGCCAUGGCCACCGCCGCCGCCCGCGUUGCCGAUGUCCCCACCUUCCAGUGGAUUGACCGGAUGGACAAGAUCCCCCUGAUCGACGAGGCCCUCGGCGAGAUCCGCGAGGCCAACCAGAACGGUGGCAACAACGCCGCCAUCAUCGUUGUCUACAACCUUCCCGACCGUGACUGCGCCGCCGCCGCCUCCAACGGCGAGUUCGCUCUCGAUGACGAUGGCAUCAACAAGUACCGCAACUACAUCGACGAGAUCCGCGCCGUGACCCUCAAGUACAGCGACAUUCGCAUCAUCUACGUCAUUGAGCCCGACUCCCUCGCCAACAUGGUCACCAACAUGGACGUGCCCAAGUGCCAGGGUGCCGCCGCUGCCUACCGCGAGUGCACUCUGUACGCCAUUGCCCAGCUCGACCUGCCCAACGUCGCCAUGUACCUCGACGCUGGUCACGCCGGCUGGCUCGGCUGGCCCGCCAACAUCACCCCGGCCGCGACUCUGUUCGCCGACCUCUACCGUGAUGCCGGCCGCCCCCGCUCCGUCCGCGGUCUCGCCCUCAACGUUUCCAACUACAACGCCUGGAAUGCCACCUCGCCUGCUCCUUACACUACUCCCAACCCCGUCUACGACGAGCGCGGCUACGUCAACUCCUUCGCUCCCCUCCUCCGCGAGCGUGGCUUCGACGCCAAGUUCAUCGUCGACCAGGGCCGUUCCGGCCGUCAGCCCACCGGCCAGCAGGAGUGGGGCCACUGGUGCAACGCCCUCGGCACCGGCUUCGGCAUGCGCCCCACCGCCAACACCGGCCACUCCGACGUCGACGCCUUCGUCUGGAUCAAGCCCGGUGGUGAGUGCGACGGUAUCAGCGACCCCAACGCGCCCCGCUACGACCACAUGUGCUCCAGCGCCUCGUCCAUGCAGGGCGCUCCCCAGGCCGGCGAGUGGUUCCAGGAGUACUUCGUCCAGCUCCUCCAGAACGCCAACCCUGCUUUCUAA